AGUUCAAAGCAAGAGCCCGCUAACGUAUGGCUUGGACACUGCCGCCUCAUCCUCUUCCAGUGCCAGCCUCUUCUUCACCACCCAGCUACACCACCACCACCACCACCCCCAUUACCGCCGCCGUCGCCGUCAUUGCCACGGCUAACACUACCUCUGCUUUACAUUCAAGGAGCAGAAGAGCAACAAAUGUCAUAGCCAAUGCUUCUGACAAGAGCGACAGCAAAGACGGGUCGGCUUUCAGUCCUUUCGGGUUCGUCACGGACAAUCCGUCGAGCCGUGAUGCUAUCCAGCUCCCUGAGACUCCCGCUGAGGACGGAAACGUCGGCCAGAUGCUUUAUAGGAUAGAAGACAAAGGCAAGGAUUACGGGUCUUACAUCAAAUCUGGGAAGUUCAGGUGGUUUGUGAGAGAAACAGGAUCACCUGAUUGCCCGAGAGGAACUGUUGUAUUUCUUCAUGGCGCCCCUACACAAUCUUACAGCUAUCGAGUUGUUUUGUCUCAGAUGUCAGAUGCUGGGUUUCACUGCUUGGCACCUGAUUGGAUAGGAUUUGGUUUCAGCGACAAGCCACAGCCAGGUUAUGGAUUCAAUUACACAGAAAAGGAGUUCCAUGAUGAGUUUGAUAAAUUGCUUGAUGUGCUGGGGGUCAAAUCUCCUUUUUUACUGGUUGUUCAGGGGUUUCUUGUUGGUUCAUAUGGAUUAACUUGGGCCUCGAAAAAUCCAAGUAGGAUAUUGAAGCUCUCCAUUUUGAAUAGUCCGUUGACAGUUUCGUCUCCCAUUCCUGGACUAUUUCAGAAGCUAAGAAUUCCUCUUUAUGGUGAAUUUACAUGCCAGAAUGCUGUUAUGGCUGAGCGCUUUAUUGAAGCAGGUAGCCCUUACGUUCUGAAGCUGGAAAUUGCUGAUGUGUAUCGGUUACCAUAUUUGGCAAGCGGUGGACCUGGGUUUGCUCUGCUUGAAGCUGCAAGAAAAGCUAACUUCAAAGCUAUAUCAAGCCAAAUUGCAGUAGGAUUUGGAUCUGGAAGAUGGGACAAACCAGUUCUAGUUGUCUGGGGUAUUUCAGACAAGUAUCUGCGUCAAUCAGAGGUAGAAGAGUUUCGAAAAGGAAACUCUGAUACAAUUAAGGUUAAGCUGAUAGAAGGAGCUGGCCAUAUACCACAAGAGGACUGGCCUGAGAAAGUCGUCGAUGCUUUGAGAGCAUUCUUUUAAAUUUACCAUAUAUCAACACUAUGAUCCUUAGUGGGUUCGUGCGAGCAUUAAUGUUGAACUGAGCUUUCAUUCUUGAAAUGUAACUGCAUCCUAACAAUCACUCUUUAGUGAUGUUCACGGAUGACAGCUCAAUUUCUACCUCUUUUCCAACAUGUAAAAAACAAGUUGUCACUCAAAUGUAUAUUGUAUGAUUAUUUUAGAUUGAAUCAUAUAAUACUUAUUUCUGUACCUAAGGAAAGGAUAAAUAACUUACCUGCAAUUCAUAUCUAGACUCAUCAGAUGAGCAUUUGUUACCAAAA